AUGGAUCGUCCCAACAAACAAAUCCCAGACACUCCUCCAGUCUCACCGCCCACGGGGUUUGCCGGCCAGAAUGGCUUCAGCACGCCGCUCUUUCCCUCCCAGCCCAACAUCCUAUACAUCAUGGCCGAUCAGCUGGCCGCUCCUCAACUCAAGAUUUACAACGAAAAGUCACAGAUCAAGACUCCUCACAUUGAUAAGCUCGCAGAGCAAUCAGUGGUGUUCGAGUCAGCGUACUGCAAUUCUCCCUUGUGCGCGCCCAGCCGAAUGGCAAUGAUCACCGGUCAAUUGCCCUCCAAGAUCGGCGCCUACGACAAUGCCUCUCCCAUCCCUGAAGAUACUCCCACAUACGCGCACUAUCUCCGAAAUGCUGGAUACGAGUGUGUCCUAGGCGGAAAGAUGCACUUCAUUGGUGACCAGCUUCACGGCUACGAAUACCGAUUGACUGCAGACAUCUAUCCCGCCGAUCUGGGUUGGUCAGUGAACUGGGACGAGGCGGACACUCGUCUGGAGUGGUACCACAACAGCUCAUCGAUCUUGCAAGCUGGACCCUGUGUGCGGAGUAACCAGCUCGAUUACGAUGAGGAGGUCAUGUACAAGGCCCAGCAGUUCCUCUACGACCAUGUCCGCAAACCUGCAGGCAGCCGACCAUUCUGCUUGACCGUCUCCCUCACUCACCCUCACGAUCCCUACACCAUCGAACAAGAGUACUGGGAUCUUUACGAGGGGGUCGACAUUGAUCUGCCAGAAGUUGACAUUCCCAAGAGCGAGCAGGACCCGCACAGCAAGCGUCUUCAGCACGUCGUCGAUCUCAAGGACUACGAGUUCACUCCAGAGCAGAUCAAGAGGGCCCGACGCGCCUACUACGGAGCUGUCAGUUAUGUGGACGACAACAUUGGAAAACUUCUGGCGACUCUCAAGAAGUGCGGUCUCUCGGACAACACCAUUGUCAUCUUCUCUGGUGACCACGGUGACAUGCUCGGCGAGCGAGGACUGUGGUACAAGAUGUCUUACUUUGAGUCGUCGGUUCGCGUGCCGAUGCUGGUCAGCUACCCAUCACAAUGGCACCCACACCGCGUGCCCCAAAACGUCAGCACCCUCGACAUUCUUCCCACCCUCGUCGACAUCGUCGGCGGUCGCCUGGUCCCCGGUCUGCCGAUGGACGGAGUCUCACUCCUGCCACACCUCAAGGGCGCCGACACCCACGACACAGUGUUCGCAGAGUACAUGGGCGAAGGCACCGUCGCUCCGCUUAUGAUGAUUCGCCGCGGACCAUGGAAGUACACCACCUGCCCAGCUGAUCCCGACCAGCUCUUCAACCUCGCCACCGACCCGAAGGAGCUGCAGAACCUCGCCGCGCCGGGCGCCACCCUCGACGACGCCACCCGCGCGGUCCUGGACGCUUUCGUCGCCGAAGCCCACGCCAAGUGGGACAUGCCGGCCAUCACCGCCAACGUCCUGCAGAAGCAGCGUGCGCGCCGCUUCUGCUUCUCUGCCCUCAAGCAGGGUAAGUGGACGAGCUGGGAUUACUCGGUGCCGGACGACAGCCGCGACAAGUACAUUCGUAGCCACAUGGACCUCGACGAUCUGGAGCGCCGCGCGAGGUACCCGAUCGUGGAUACUCACGGCAACACGGUCUCCCGCCCGGUCGCUGGGACGCAGGCUUCUGCACUGCUCUCCAAGAAGGGAGCAGUGGCUGCCGAUCGGGCGAUUCCACACCAGGCCGGUGCUCUCGGCCAGUGA